CUUUCACGACAGCGAAAUCAAACAUUUUAUUUGUUAUUUUUAAAUUUCUAAUUGUUUCGCUGUCAAAUCGUUCUACGUGCACCAACCUCUCGUUUUAUUGUUUUCACGGUGUAAAUGGAGAAGAAAUCGCUGGUCAAAACAAAACGAUUAAAUACAAUUUCUAUGUAAAAUGUGUUGUACGCCGGUGGUUAGACGUCAUGUGAUAAAAUAUUUCAACUAGUGCUGCAUAGUUUAAUCGUUACGAUCAAUCCAUUACCCAAAACCCAAUCAAUGUUGUGCAUUUUGCUCUAAACGUAAAUAUUAAGCCAAUUUUAGGAACUGCCUACUGCGAUGACGUCAGGAACCGGGCAAGGAAUACAGAAGGUAGAGAUGCCAUACAUGCCCGAGUACGCCUCGUUAGAUGCACGUUUACGGUCCUUUCGAAACUGGAGCUACGGUCACGUGCAGGAUGCGAAGCGCUUAGCGGAGGCCGGCUUUUACUAUGCCGGCGUUGAGGAUGAGGUGCGCUGUUUCCACUGUGAUGGUGGGCUUCGCGAUUGGCUGGUGACUGAUGAUCCCUGGCACGAACAUGCCCGCUGCUUUGCCGGUUGCAACUUUCUGCAGCUAGUACUGGGUGAAACGUACAUCAGCCAGAUGCUUCUGAAUGGAGCCGCAAUCCUAGCAGAUGAGAGUGCGAGUGCUAGUGCACAGCAAGGCGCAAACAUUGGAAGUGCAUCAAGUACCACGCUGUCGGGUGGAACAAAUUCCGCACCGGGACACCAGCAGCACAACGUUUCGAAUGAGUUAACACAUCGAUUACGUGAAGAGAACAACCGGUUGAAGGAGGAACGCGAAUGCAAAAUUUGUUUGACACGCGAGGUUGGCGUUGUGUUUUGUCCCUGUGGCCAUUUAGUCUCAUGUAUGCAGUGUGCACCGGCCAUCUACAACUGUCCCGUGUGUCGUGCCUUAAUUACGGGCCGUAUCCGUACAUAUCUUUCGUAACUACCCUUGAAGCAAUCGGCAUACUAUAACAGGCCACGGAAGAAGGGAUAGAAUCAACCACGCUUAGCUCUAAUUUAUGAUGAAAUCAUAUACAUUCCAUUCCCUUGUGAUACAUAAGGACUUUUGCUUAAGCUGGAGCACACCGGGGACUUGGGGGAUUCUGGACAAUAAAUAUCUUUUUUACGCACUGAGUGCACUAAAACACUGCACACUUAUACAU